AUGCAGAACGAUCAACAGAGGUUCUCCCUGCAAAAUAGGACGGUACUGACGCAUCCAUACAAAAGGCUAGGAGGGGCAUUUACGGUGAAAUCACCGUCUGUUCCCAACUUUCAUGAUAGAAUGCAUUCUGAUCAUAGUUCCAGCGACUCAGCACUGGUAAAUGGGAACACUAGAGGGAAUGAUCAUCGUUCUGUUGAACCGAGUUGUUUGGGCCAAGUUUCCCCGUCUGAACAUGAUGGAAACUUAAGCGUUAUUGACUUAUAUGGGGACGAAGUGGAGUCUCAACGUGCCGAAGUAGAGGAUGAUGACAACUACGACAAUAAUGAUAACGAAGAUCUGGAGGAGGUGCACAGCGAUGACCUCGAUUUGGUCCCUGAUGAAGGCAAUCGUCAACGUGUAGACGGUGCUACUAAUGCCACAAGUGCGAAUUCUAAUGGUGUCAAAAAUACGCAUUUUGAUCGGUACGGGUUCAAGAAACAGAAUAAUUACAUAUCUGAAGCAGAAUACGAUAAGUGGUGGGUGGAAUACUCGCAGUAUUGUGUUCGUCGUAAACACAAGUGGCAACUGCUGUUAGAGAAAAGUGGGUUGCCAGUGACGGAUGACUCUCCUUCACGAUUUCCGUCGAAGAGUGAACGGCUAAAACGAUAUGUUAGAAAGGGCAUUCCAGCGGAAUGGAGAGGAAAUGCGUGGUGGCAUUUCGCUAGAGGGCAAGAGAAGUUAAACAAGAACAAAGGCGUCUAUUCACAACUUCUGCAAAAGAUGAAGCAAAUCAAGAAGCAAAACCCCAAUGAAAAACAAGUUCAAGACUUAGAUAUUAUUGAACGUGACUUGAAUAGAACUUUUCCGGACAAUUUACAUUUUCAAAGUGGCUCGCAUAACAAAGAGGGGCCUCCAAUUAUAAAAUCUUUGCGCCGAGUGCUUGUUGCGUUCUCACUUUACAACCCGAAGAUUGGUUAUUGUCAGUCUAUGAACUUUCUAGCAGGCUUGCUAUUGUUAUUUUUAGACGAGGAAAGAGCCUUUUGGAUGCUAGUUAUUAUUACUUCAAGAUAUCUACCGGGGGUGCAUAAUAUUAAUUUGGAAGGUGUUAACAUUGACCAAGGGGUACUGAUGCUAUGUGUUAAAGAAUAUAUUCCAGAAGUUUGGUCGUACAUUAAGCCUUCCAUUGACCACCACCAAAAAAAUAACAAAACUUUCUCUCCGUCCAAUAGCAAAGUUCUAUUCAAUAUGCAAAAGAAUGAGUUUUUGUAUAGGCUUCCCCCAAUCACCUUGUGUACUGCGAGCUGGUUUAUGAGUUGUUUUGUGGGUGUGGUACCGAUAGAGACCACACUUAGAAUAUGGGAUUGUCUGUUUUACGAGGAAUCGCAUUUUUUGUUCAAAGUUUCGUUGGCUGUCUUAAAAAUGAGUGAGCAUGAGCUUUCGAAAAUAAAACCCCGUAACAAUUCGUUGAACUAUUCUUGGGGAACUAAUUUGAACCAGAGAGGCGGGUCAAUGGGUCAAGAAGAUAGCGAUAUGGAAAUUUUUCAGGUCAUACAGACAUUCCCUAAGACAUUAUUGAAUCCAAAUGAAAUUUUUGAGAAAAUCAUUUUUAAAAGAAGAUUCAAUUUAAAUAGGUUAGAUCAGGAUGAAAUAGACAGAUGUCGAAAAUUUGUUGCCGCUCAACGUCUCAAAUUCAAGACAUAUGGCGAACUUCUUGGAAAUUCAACAUCAGAGUCAGAUUUACCAAUUAAUAACAACAACAAUACAGAUAAUAAGGGUAUCCACAUAACGAGCGAUGCAGUCAAUGAAGCAUUAUCUUCAGAGGUAUAUGGAUUUAAAAAGAGCCUAGCUGGAGUUCAUUGGAAUAAUAGCAUCAAGGAGAAAGUUAAGCAGAUGAGAAAGAAAAAGGACAGGAAUGACUAA